UGGUACAAGGACGCCGGCGUGCGGAAGAUGAUGUUUCCGAUCGUAAUCAUCUAUCUCACGCAGGUUUGCACGGGCUUUGACGCUACGUUAACGGCGAAUUUACAGAGUUUCAAGAAAUGGAAGUUGGAUAUGGGCAAGCCGACUGCCUCGCAACUCGGAGUCAUCACAGCUAUUUAUUUCAUCGGAUGUCUUUGUGGGAGUAUUCCUGCGUCAAUUGUCACGGACAAGUAUGGUCGUAAACUCGCCCUCGGCAUGGGCCAAUUCUUCACUAUUGUCGGCGCCGGUUUCCAAGCCGGAUCCCAAAGUCGAGGCCAAUACAUGGGCUCCCGUUUCAUCCUCGGUUUCGGCAUCGCCUUCGUCACUAACGCUGGCCCAGCCCUUCUAUCCGAGUUGGCUCACCCCCGCAUUAGAGGCACGCUUGUAUCAUUUUUCAACCCGUUCUGGUACCUGGGCUCCAUAAUCGUAGCCUGGACUAGCUUCGGCACCAGUCACAUGCCCAAAACCGACACCUGGGCGUGGCGGAUCCCGUCGGUACUGCAGGGUCUCAUUCCUUGCGUAGUCAUGGCACUCCUCUGGUGGGUUCCUGAGUCCCCGCGUUGGUUGGUCUCCCAGGGCCGCACCGAGGAGGCAAUUGCGAUUAUUUCGAAGUACCACGGAAACGGCAACCCGAAUGACGAGGUAGUGGUCAGCCAGAUCGCGGAGAUCAAGAUGGCGAUUGAGACGGCGAAAGAGGGUAUGACCUGGAAAGCUCUCAUGACACAGAGGCAGAACGUCCACAGGCUUUUGAUUGUAGUUUGCAUGACGUUGAUGACUCUUUGGUGCGGACAAAACAUCCUCUCAUACUACUUCUCUCCUAUAUUGAACAGCAUUGGUAUCACUGAUACAACGAGCCAAACUGGGAUCAACGGCGGCCUGAAUAUUGCCAACCUCCUCGCCUCCAUCAUCGGCGCCCUCCUUGCUGAACGCAUUGGCCGGCGCAAGCUCUGGAUGUCGUCUUUCAUCGGCAUGAUCGUCGUCUUCGUCCCCUUCAUCGCUCUCUCCGCCACCUACGCCCAGAAGAAGUCCAAAGGCGCGGGAUACGGCGUCAUCGUCUGCCUCUUCCUCUUCGACAUCAUGUACAACAUCGCCUGCAACCCACUUCUCUACUCCUAUCCCACGGAGAUCAUGCCAUUCUUUAUGCGUGCGAAGGGACUAGCGGUUAAGAAUUUCGUUGGCCAGAUUGCGCUGAUUAUCAACAUGUACGUGAAUCCGAUUGCGCUGGCGAAGAUCGGGUAUCACUACUACAUAUUCUUCCUGGCGCUUAACGUGGUCUGGUUGACUUUGAUUUUCAUGUUCUUCCCUGAGACUAAGGGAUACACUUUGGAAGAGAUGAGUAUGCUAUUUGAUGGUGAUGCCAGUGUGGUUUUGGGACAGAGGACCGGGAGUGAGAGGACCGGGAGCGACCCAGAGGAUGGAGACGUUGAGAAAGCGAGUGUGCAACCGAAGAAGGAAUAGAGAUGCUAUAUUUUCGUGACGGGUAUUUGAAAGAGAUACCAAAGGAGUUUCCAAUUUGAGAUUAGUCUAGGGUUCAUGAUAGUAGAAGCCCCCAAUUCAGGUCGAUCCAUGACAGCUCAUGAUGCAGGC